GGAGUAUCGGGAAGGGAAUAAAACUGGCCAACUGAAGCUGGAGAGGCCAAAAUCGUUUGACUCUUCUUGGAGACAUCAGAGUAUUCGUGUGACGAUUCAAAGUAGAUCAUCAUGACUGGCCGUGGUAAGGGAGGAAAAGGAUUGGGAAAAGGAGGAGCGAAGAGACAUCGUAAAGUACUUCGCGAUAACAUCCAGGGUAUCACCAAGCCAGCCAUCCGUCGUCUAGCACGUCGUGGCGGAGUCAAGCGUAUCUCCGGAUUAAUUUAUGAGGAGACACGUGGUGUACUGAAAGUAUUUCUAGAAAACGUUAUUCGUGACGCGGUUACCUACACCGAGCAUGCGAAAAGAAAGACUGUGACUGCUAUGGACGUUGUCUACGCCCUGAAACGCCAAGGAAGAACUCUUUACGGCUUCGGCGGUUAAAUGUAAACCGUUUUUAUUGCACACACACACACAAAACACAAUCGGCCCUUUUCAGG